AUGCUGGCUCGAAAAUCUGUGCUGGGAAAGCCCGGCUUCGUCUGCCGGAGCUGUGUACGACAAUAUCAGUAUCAGCUGCGCCGGGCUUCCACUUCGACACAGGACAAUAUCUAUGAUGUUGUAUGUGUUGGUGGUGGGCCAGCAGGUCUGAGCUUACUGACAGCUCUUCGGGCUAAUCCUCUAACCGCUGGUCUCCGAGUCGCCCUCAUCGAAGCCCAGGACCUUUCCAAAACCAAGUCGUUCUCACUCCCCUUGACCCAAUUCUCCAACCGAUGCAGUUCUCUUACCCCUGCGUCGGCUCAAUACCUCGACAAAAUCGGCGCAUGGCGACAUCUACAGCGUGAACGUGUGCAGGACUACCAGGAGAUGCAGGUUUGGGAUGGAGUGACAGGUGCCCGCAUAGAGUUCGACUGGCCACCCAGUACGACUGGAGACAAGACAAUUGCCUACAUGGCUGAAAAUCUGAACUUGACAUCCGGCCUGCUCAAGAGACUACAAGAACUCGGCGGAGUGGACGUCUUUGACAAUACGAAAGUGGAGAGUAUUGACCUGGGCAAGGAGACCGAAGAAUUGGAUCUGAGCGAAUGGCCAGUCGUGCAGCUCUCGAGUGGCCAGUCACUGGCAGCACGACUUCUUGUUGGCGCGGAUGGGGCAAACAGUCCAGUACGCACAUUCGCCGGUAUCAACAGCCGCGGAUGGGACUAUGGUAGACAUGGCGUUGUCGCAACGCUCGAGCUUGAAGGUGAGGGCUGGGGCGGCCAGUUCAACAAGAUUGCGUACCAGCGAUUCUUGCCUACGGGUCCAGUUGCAAUGCUCCCUAUGCCUGGCAAAUACGCUACGUUGGUCUGGUCUACUACACCUGAGAAGGCCGCCUUACUCAAGAGUCUGAGCCCCAAGGACUUCAUCGCUAUGGUCAACGCCGCCUUCCGUUUGAGCCCCGUCGACAUUGGUUUCAUGCACACGCAGGACAAUAACCAGGCAGAGGAGCUAUCAUGGCGCUUACAACACACACAUGUUGAUGCGGACUCGCUUCCACAGACUGUUGUUGGAGUUCAGGAGGGGAGCAUCGCAUCUUUCCCUCUGAAGUUGCGCCAUGCCGAUACAUACACUGGCGAACGUGUCGCACUUGUCGGCGAUGCGGCGCACACUAUUCACCCCUUGGCUGGUCAAGGCUUGAAUCAGGGUCAGGGAGAUGCCCAGAGCCUAGCCAAAACCAUUGAGUAUGCUGUCUCUCAUGGCCAGGACCUUGGCACUCAGCUGUCUCUCGAGCCUUACAACAGCGAGCGCUAUGCCGCCAAUCACGUCAUUCUUAACGUUUGCGAUAAGCUUCAUAAACUCUACUCUGUCGAGAGUGGCCCUCUUGUGCCGCUUCGUUCAGUUGGUCUUCGGGCUGUCAAUGCUCUCGGCCCCCUGAAGAAUUUCUUUAUGGAGCAGGCUUCUGGCACUGGUACUAAGCUAUUGUAG